AAUAAUAAAUGAUUCACUACACUCGGCGCGUUGUGGUUUUCCUUAUCAAUGUCUUGUUUCCGUUUCAAAGCAUACGCGAAGUGAAUAAUAUCCCUUCUAAAUAUAUUGUUUUAUUUUAUUGUCUUAGUUACAAAUGAUCGUGACUUACGUUUAGUUACGCCUUGUUGAGUUUAGCAGGCAAACUUAUAAUAAAUUCGUUGUUUUAAAGGUAGUGCCUAUAAGUUAAUAAUGAAAGUGCUCGGUACAGAUUUUACAAUAAUUGUGCUCUUCAUAGUAUUAAAAUGUUCCACCGCACAUGACUGUGAAUCAAAAGAGACAUGCGAACAGUGCAUUCAAGAAUUGGAAUGUUAUUGGUGUUCCACGCCAACAAGCAGUAAUACACACUGUCUAAAUAAGUCUGAUGUCAGUUCGUGUAAUGCAUCAGCUUCGGAGAAUCCAGAACACAGUUUUGUGAUUCUAAAAGAGAAAGUCCUGUCUGAAUAUCAGCAAAUCAGCCCUCAACAGGUUCGACUUAAAUUAAGAAAAAAUGAGAAAUACGAAAUCAACUUUCAGUACAAACAAAGUGCCAACUAUCCUGUUGAUCUUUACUACAUCAUGGAUCUCUCAAACUCAAUGGCACCAUCUAAAACAAAUUUAGCAAAACUGGGAGCGAAACUUGCUGAUGAAAUGAUGAGAAAGACUAAUGAUUUCAAAAUUGGUUUCGGCAGCUUUGUAGAUAAACUCACUUUGCCUUAUGUCAGUUCACAUCCAGGAGCACUUAAGAAUCCGUGUCAAAGUCAGACAAUGAAAUGUGAACCACCGUAUAACUUUAGAAAUCAGCUCUCUCUAGUGCAAAAUGCCACGUUGUUCACUGAAAAAGUACAAAAAACUUUGAUAUCCGGAAAUCUAGACACUCCAGAAGGAGGCUUAGACGCCAUCAUGCAAGCUAUGGUCUGUAAGACUGAAAUUGGCUGGAGAGCCAAUGCAAGACAUCUUUUGGUAAUGUCCACUGACGCGGUCUCACAUAUAGCUGGAGACGGCAAGCUUGGUGGGGUAAUAGAGCCAAAUGAUGCUACUUGCCAUUUGGAAGAUAAUACUUAUACAAAAGGAUUGCAGUACGACUACCCCUCAAUAUCCCAAAUCAACUAUGUGGCUCGUGAAAAUAAUAUUAAUAUAAUAUUUGCAAUUGUCUUAGAAAACUUAAAAUCUAAAGAUCAUUUGAAAAACCACUAUCAGGAAAUGUCGAAAAUUAUCGAAAACUCCAAAACUGGUACGCUGGAUAAAAAUUCGGAUAAUGUGGUGCAGUUUAUUUCAGAUAUUUAUGAUCAAAUUCGAGAUGCUGUUAGGAUAACGUCAGAUGCAAAGAAAGACGUAAAUGUAACCAUAACUUCAAACUGUACCAGCUUUAUUGAUGGUGGUUGCUCUAGUGUUAAGCCCGGAGAACCUAUUAAGUUCACGGCCAUCAUUGAGCCGUUAGUUUGUUACAAUAACUCGAAACUAAACAAGAAAAUAAUAAAAAUAAAGCCUGAGGGCCUAGAAGAUCAUCUUCAAGUGGAGCUGGAAGUGCUAUGUGAAUGUGCUUGUUCACUCAGUAGAGUACCACUCGAUACGAGUUGUAGUCAGCAAGGAGAUUUAGAGUGUGGAAUAUGUCGAUGCAAGGAGGGCAGAUUUGGAUCUAAUUGUCAAUGUGACUGGACCGAGAGUAAAGGCGAAGAUCCCAGUCAAUGCAUAAAACCAGAUGGUAAAAAUGAAACUUGUUCAGGUCAAGGAAAAUGCAAGUGUGGGAAAUGCGAGUGUAAAUCCCGGCCAGACAAAUCCGAACUAAUUUAUGGAAAGUACUGUGAGUGUGACAAUUUUAGCUGCCCGCAAAAAUGUUCAGGACGAGGCAGAUGUGAAUGCGGAGUAUGCAAAUGUGAUAAUGGAUGGAGUGGUUCUAGCUGUGACUGUUCAUCCGAUGAGAGCCAGUGCAUGCCUCCAGACAGAAAGUUUUUAUGUUCUGGACAUGGAAACUGCUCAUGUGGCUCCUGUAUAUGCCGUGAAAAGGAAGGUUACAAUGGCAAGUAUUGCGAGAAAUGCACCAACUGUGAUUCUGAAAGAUGCGAAAAGCUAAGACCCUGUGUAGAAUGUGUAGUAUAUAAAUCAGGAGCAUACGCAAGUUCUUCAACUUGUUCUGAUCAUUGUGAUAUAUUUACUACAAAUAUCGUUAAAAAAUUAAACGACACCAAACGAGAAGGAGUGAACGUAUGUCGAGUUCCUGUAGAAGAUCAAUGCACUGUAGUAUUUGAGUACAGUUAUGAUGAAAACAAUAUGCUUUUCGUAACAGCAGAAGAAAAAAUGACUUGCCGAAUCAUACCAGAUCUAUUCGUUUAUAUUAUCAGCGUCAUAGGUACAAUACUAUUAAUUGGCAUCAUUACAAUGAUCAUAUGGAAAGUUGUAACUACUUUUCACGACAAGAAAGAAUAUGCACGAUUUUUAAAUGAACGGGAUCAGACCAAAUGGAGCGCGGGGGAAAAUCCUUUAUACAAACCAGGAACAUCUCAUUUCCAAAAUCCUGUGUAUGGUAGGGCUAGUUAUAGAACUUCAGUGGCAAACGCCGAAAAGAAAAACGAAAUAACUAAAACUGAACAGUGAAAGCAGUAGAAAAUAUCGAAAAAGUUGCACUGAAUCGUAAAUAUAUCCAUUUAGAUGACUAAGGAAUAAAGGUUGUAAAAGUA